AUUCCCAUUAGAGAUAAUUUAAUAUCAUCAUCUAUAAACAAAUUUUUUUUGUUUUAAUAAAAGGAAAAAUGCUGGUGAAUACUAUUACAAUUCGAAAAACAAAUAUUAAAUUGCUCUUGAUGCGUUUUCGACACAAAAUUAACAAUCAGAGUGAGGAACCGGAUGAAAAUACAAAAGUUGCGCAGGGGCUUAUGAAUUAUUUAAAUAGUAACAAGGAAUAUAAUGAUGUUGUACCACACUUACCAAGAAUGCUUUUAAAAAAGUAUAAAACGCCUGAAACUAUGUAUUUAAUAAACCGGAAAACUGCAAAAGAUAUCUCAACCAUUAUUACAAGGAAUUUUGAAAAGGGAGCACCAAUAGUUGAAGUGAAUCCUGGACUAGGAUUUCUUACUGAAGAAAUUCUCAGGAAUCAAAAUAACCCUGUAUAUCUGUAUGAGAGUACUAAAUUCUUUCAAAAGUCAUUACAAGAAUUACAUGAGAAAUAUCCUAACAGAAUCAUAUACAAAAUAGCAGAUUUUUUUGGAAUGUGGAAGCUUGCAUUUCAGGAUAAAAUUGACCAAGGAAAUCGAAUAAAAGACCUAUUAGGAGACCUAGCUACAGACAAAAUAGGUAGAAAGUUGCAAAUAGUUGGAGCUACACCUGGAUUAUCAUUUGUGAAACAUCUUAUUAAUACAAUUGUUUUUCACAAUAUAACAAAUCAACUUGGUAGACCAGACUUAUUUAUUAUAUUACCAACACAUCAUUAUGAGUUUCUUACAGAUUUGAAUGUCCAGCAUGGCAAACAUAAGUCAGUGCCAUCAUUAUUUCAAUCUCUUUUCCAAUAUAAGGUCCUUCAGAAAGUACCAAAAGCACAUUUUUUGCCUUGGACUUUUCCACCAUCUAAAAAAACCUCAGUGAUAGAUGAGCAUUUUUUGUAUUUAGUCAAUAUAACUCAGAAGGAAACUCUGCCAUGCCAUCCAGCCUACUUACCAUUACUGUGGUAUUUCUUUAAACCCCAAACUUUUUCCAAAUCAACAAGAGUAAUUCCUAUGCUAGAACAAUGGAUUCCGGGAUGUGGUGUGUGGCUGAUCACAGGACAGGACCCGCCUGAUGUCAACAAAGAAGUGGCGCCAGAUGAGACAGAUGCUCCCCUCCCACAUAUGACUAUCUUCACUGAAUUUGGGGACCUGACCUUACAACAAAAAAUAACUGUAUUUAAGCGGUUUGUAUCGUGGCCGGAGUUUGAACAUUGUCCAUUUCGAGCAACUGUCGAGAACAGUCUACCGAAGUUUGCAUCUCAUUUAGUUAGCGAAGGUGACCCUGACCCACACCUCGACGACUUAGAACACUCCGAUUCAGAAAGUGAAUUAGAAAAUAUGUAAAUGAUGUACCGGAAGUAUUAAAUGAGGGAUUGUGUUGCUAUAAGAAUAGAAUUAAAUUUAUCAUUUGAUAUGUACCUAAUGUAUUAAUAUAAAGGGUGCUGUAUAACAACGUAAGUUGGACCGCCUCUAUAUACGAGGCAUGCCUUUUAAGUUUUGUCGUUUGCAGAAAAAAACUCAACUAGAACCUUAUAGUACUUUUUAUUGUUUUUCAAAGUAUUCACCACGUAGCUUAUCCUUUGCAGAGUUUUCUUACACCAUCUGAAGCGGGCCGCCUUGUGAUCGUCGGAAAGCAGAUGCGGUAUCCAACGGCAAACUAGCUUUCUCACACUAAGCGUUUCAUGCAAGAUCUUCUGAAUGGUUGUCCCUGAGAUGCCUAAUAGAGCCUCUAUCUCUCGAUACGUCACAUGACAAUCUUCGAGAAUUAGUUGUCUCACAGCAAUGAUGUUUUCUUCAGUGAAGGCGGAUUUUGGGCGCCCUUCGCUAGAUUGGUCACUAACACUAGUAUGUCCAGGCUGGAAUUCUAAAUACCAGCGUUCGACAGUCCGCAGACAUAGGGCUUCAUCACUGAACACAGAUAUUAGCUCUUCAAAACACUGAAGCCGUGUCAGGCCUCUUCUAAAGUUGUAGAAAAUUAUUGCACGAACGUUUUCCUUAGAAAGAUUCAUUUUCGUACGUAACUUGACAGAUUCAAAUCGACGCUGUGACUAAACAAUAGCAUUAAUCCUAAUACUUUUAACUAUUUUGAGAUUCAAAAUGUAAACACAUUCGAAUAUAGUACAGGUCCAAAUUCAAAGUUGCCGGGAAAUAUGGAAACGACAGAACUUAAAAGGCAUGCCUCGUACAGGAUUGUUGUGAGGGCCGGCGGGAUCUCCGUCAGGGCUGCGGAAAUAAAUAAUUUUCUUGUA